UUUGGCUGUUCCGUCUUUUUGUGCUUUCUCGUGAGUUUAGAGGGGACAGUCAGGAAAACAAACAGAUCGAACGAAGAAAGAUCGAAAGCCGGUCGGUUGAAGAGGUUAUUUGGCGGGGAAUGACUCGCUUUCAUGCAUUCCUUAAUCGGUGCUUGUUGCUUUUCCUACACAUAUUCGCGCUUUCGAAUAUCAUUCGUUUUGAACCGUGGUAGCAGCAGAGUAUAGUCUAUCCGCUUCGGUGUUGUGUUUUAAUGUCCGUGUUUACAGUAUAGCUAAUUCGACGUCCAUCGAUAGAUAUUUACCGCUUCAAAUUCGGUGUUAAACAUUUUACCGCUAUGCAUACGAGGCGCUUGGUAAAGCGUUCGAUCCUGGGGAGCCGGGUGUUUACGCCGAGUCCGACAGGGGACGGGGCUCCGUUGACAGGACUGGUACAGGCUGUCAAGCAGGAAAACAGAGACGUUUCAACCGGACCCCGGCGUAAUGUCUACAUGGUGUUAAUGCAAGACGGAAGCCUGAAAGAAUUCUCAGAGGACGAGAUAGCGGUGGGCUUCAACCAAACGACGGCGAAAGGACCGCUCAGAUCGAGCUUGAAGCAGAGCGUCUGGAACGGCCGGGGGAACGGGGCUCCUCUGCAGAGCCAGACCAUGGAGGCCCAGAAGGGGGAGGCCAACUCCCUGAGCCCAGAGGCGUUGAAGGGGGAGCGGGGAGCAGACGGUAGGAGGACGGGGCGCCCCCUUGAGGGUCCAGAGAGGGACCACACCCGCUCUGUCUCCCUGCUGGAGCAGAAACGCAAGGUGGUGUCAUCCAGCAUCGAUGUGCCCAACGUCAGGAAGUCAGAGGAGGAAGUGGACAUGGAGAAGGUGACAGCUGCCAUGGUUCUGACCAGUCUGUCCAGCAGUCCGCUGGUCCGGAGUCCUCCCGUCAAAGUCAGUGAGUGUCUGAAUGGCUCGUGGAAGGACAGAGGUGCAGGCUUCACCCCCUCCAGUUACAGCAGCAGUGGCUAUUGGAGCUGGAGCGGCCCUAGUGACCAGUCCAACCCGUCCACCCCCUCCCCACCGCUCUCCACAGACAGCUUCAAGCCUUUCCGUAUGCCCAGCAUCAACGGCCCGCCCCCCGACGACGCCAUCGACGAACAGGACGGCAGCAGCCUGCUCUUUGACGAGCCAAUCCCACGCAAGCGCAAGAACUCCAUGAAGGUGAUGUUCAAGUGUCUGUGGAAGAACUGUGGGAAGGUUCUGAGCUCGGCUGCUGGGAUACAGAGACACAUCCGGACCGUUCACCUGGGGCGUAACUGUGACUCUGACUGCAGUGACGGAGAGGAGGAUUUCUACUACUCAGAGAUCAAACUCAACACAGACUCAGUGGCUGACGGUCUGAGCAGCCUGUCCCCUGUCUCCCCCUCUGUGCUGUCCCCCGUCCCUCCUUCCAAUGACCGCCACAGACGACCCCCCGCAGAGGGCAGCAACGGGUCCAGUGGUAACAAGGAGAACCACAGCCAUGCCCACUCAAACACCACGCACCUCAGUCGCUCCGCCCCCAGCGCCCUCUACCUCAUCCACACUGACCACGCCUACCAGGCCACAUCUCCAGUUACCAUCCCCUCCACUGGGUCAGGCUCUGCUGCCUCCACCUCCUUCACCCCCAGCAGCAGCUCCAAUUUCAGCAUCUCCUGGCAGUCACCUCCUGUCACCUUCACUGGCACCGCUGUCGCUCCCACUCACAGUCGGACUCAGAGCUUUCUAGAGCAGCGGCCCCAGACCAUAGCAGUCCUCUCCUCCCCUCCCAGAGCCACUGGCUCACUCAGCCGUAAGUCCCGUGGCGAGGGUAAGAAGUGUCGCAAAGUGUACGGGAUGGAGAACAGGGACAUGUGGUGCACUGCCUGCCGAUGGAAGAAAGCCUGCCAGAGAUUUACUGACUGAUUUACUGACUGAACCAACCAAGUAACCAACCAACCAACCGCUGUGGCUGCAUGCCCUUUGCCAUGGAAAUCAGGGGUGUUCCUUUCUGUUCCCUCCCUAAGCAUGCGUUAACGUCACUCCAAAACCAAUGAUCGGUCUACUCCAUUCCAACCCGACCCCUCCCUAACCCGACUGUCUAUCAGAACCAACAGGAUGGAGCCUACAGCGGUCCUGAGUAAAUCCCAAGUUAACUCUAGCUGCCUCCCACUUCCAACCUCGGAAGCAACAACCAACACGCAGCUCCAGCUCUAAAGAUGACGACAACAUCAAAAUAACUCUGCUUUUUACAUGUUGAGUUUGAUGUCUCUCUUCUUUCUAUGUUUUGAAAAACAAAAGGCAUCUCUGAAUUUUUUUUUUUUUUAAAGGAACAUUCGUCAGGCCAGAAGGGAGCAGAAAACAGGCUUCCUUUGUCCAUACAAUUCUUCUUUUUUUUUCAGAGAAGACUGGCCAUUUUGUUUUAUCUUUGGGAGAAUCAAAAGACAGGAGGGGAAAGACCCUUUCUCUCUGUUCUAUCCUGUACAGUCUGGAUCUCUACUCCCUCUCUCCUCCGUCAACACCCCAGGGAAUGGAUCUUGUGUCUGGACUCGGGAGGGGUCGAUAGCACCCCCUGGUGGGGGAAAAUGGAUCAAUUCCAAAACAAAUACAAAAUACCCAGUCAGGGUGCUGAACAGACUAACAUUGCCAGCAGCAACAAGCCCCACACCACAACGUCGUAAGCAAUUCAACACACAGCAACACAGGACAACACAGUUUUCUAUCUCAAAUGUAAUGUAUAUCUAUUUAUCUAUCUAUCUAUCAGAUAUGUCUAUCUGUCUGUCUGUCUCUAUCUGUCUGUCUCUGUCCCUGUCCCUCUGUCUGUCUAUCUCUCCAGUUUACUGAAGCUAUUAAGGGACAUUUUCUUUCAGGGAUUGUCGAUCAACAGAAAGCCAGCAGCUCACAUUUAAAUAUAGGUAUUUACAAUGAGGGUUUUGGUCACAUGAUAUCUACUUGCAACCAAAAAGUUUGUUUUGUUGGUGUUUUUUUUUUAUAUGCCAUUUUCUUUAAUGUUGUUGUUUCUCGGUAUCUAUUCUUCUUGGUGUUUUGAAACUCCAAUGUUACAGCUCUCCGACACGCUUUGGGCUGACACAACCAAGCAGCCGACGGCGAGUCCAGCCGUAAAACCCUCCUCCACACCCCAUCUUCCAUCAGGAAUUUAAACUAACGUUUUGUUUACGGGCGCUAUACUUUACCAAAGCCCCAAGAUGGAGGGUCUGCUCAAUACCAAAAUUGAGUGAGGUGAAUGAGCACUUGUAAAGGCAGUCUCAGUGGCUGAUCUUGUGUUGAGGUGGGGUUAACAUCUCUCUCUCUCUCUCUCUCUCUCUCUCUCUCUCUCUCACGCUACUCUGUCCUGUGUUGACCUUCCAGGUCGAUGGGAGAAAUUAUGGUAAAGUAGUGGUAGACCUGCCCACUAGGCCCUGGGCUGUUACACCUAGAGGUGGGAAAAGGCUGAGGGAAUAUAUAGCACUCCAAUAUCUCUCUCUCUCUACAUCUCUUUCUCUCCCUCUACAUCUCUCUCUCUCUCCCUCUACAUCUCUUUCUCUUCCUCUACAUCUCCCUCUACAUCUCUCUUUCUCUCCCUCUACAUCUCUCCCUCUACAUCUCUCUCUCCCUCUACAUCUCUCCCUCUACAUCUCUCUUUCCCUCUACAUCUCUCUUUCCCUUUACAUCUCUCUUUCCCUCUACAUCUCUCUUUCCCUCUACAUCUCUCUUUCUCCCUCUACAUCUCUCUCUCUCCCUCUACAUCUCUCUCUCUCCCUCUACAUCUCUCUCUCUCCCUCUACAUCUCUUUCUCUCCCUCUACAUCUCUCUUUCUCUCCCUCUACAUCUCUCUUUCUCUCUCUCUACAUUAAUCUCUCUCUCUCUCUCUCUCUCUCUCUACAUCUCUCUCUCUCGCUCUCCAAUUGGGCAGGCACAGCAAUCUUUCUCUCUCUCUCUCUGGACUAAAGUAUUCAGACGCUCUGUGAUAGGUUUAACUGUGUGAUUGACAGGUGGCGGAGGCCAACCCACUGGUGCUCUUACUUGAUUGGUUUUGUUGACUUGUCUAACUCCACCCACUUCCUCUUGAUGAGACCAGCCACCUGGUUGGCUGGGACACAGGAAGCUAAGUCAAAUGGUUUAUUCAUUUUGAAAGUGACGUUACUGUACUAUGCUUUUAAAUCCAUGCUGAGGAGUAUGCGAGUGCGCAUUUCGGGAGAAGUGUGGAGAAUCGGGACGUUGCCUAAUACUCUUAUAUGAAGGGCAAUAUAACAAGGGUUAAAGGUCAAAGAAGUACACACACACACAUAAACACACUAUUAUACAGUACCCACUCUGUUCACAACCCAGCUUCCUCCUCACCUCGAUUAUAAUGCAUAGGACUAUCCUUUAUUUUACUCAACACUUUUCUAUUUUUGGUCUUCUAUUCGUACGUUUAUGUAGAUGGAGCUCUGAUUCAAUUGUUUAUUAAGCUAAAUGUUCUCCACUUUUUAAAGCUAAACAAUUUAUCCAACACUCAAUGAAUAAGAGAGGUUCAGUCGGAAGCGAAGAAGGGCGACAAUAAUUUAAGUUGUAUCAUUCAUUCACCUGUAAGCUAAACCUAUGUUGUAAACAUGGUAUGACCUGGGUCUCAUUCAUUCACCUGUAAGCUAAACCUAUGUUGUGAACAUGGUAUGACCUGGGUCUCAUUCAUUCACCUGUAAGCUAAACCUAUGUUGUAAACAUGGUAUGACCUGGGUCUCAUUCAUUCACCUGUAAGCUAAACCUAUGUUGUGAACAUGGUAUGACCUGGGUCUCAUUCAUUCACCUGUAAGCUAAACCUAUGUUGUGAACAUGGUAUGACCUGGGUCUCAUUCAUUCACCUGUAAGCUAAACCUAUGUUGUGAACAUGGUAUGACCUGGGUCUCAUUCAUUCACCUGUAAGCUAAACCUAUGUUGUGAACAUGGUAUGACCUGGGUCUCAUUCAUUCACCUGUAAGCUAAACCUAUGUUGUGAACAUGGUAUGACCUUGGUCUCAUUCAGUGCCAUUGUAUUAUGAUGUGGACAUCUGGUUGUUCAGAGAAGAAUCUAUAUAUACUUAAAGAGUAGAUGUUUAAAUCUAAAGUGAAAGAGAUGGAUCUGGCUGUUGUUGUUUUACAUUCAGCUGAAUGAAGACAGUGGAUGCUGUUUUACGUUCAGCUGAAAGAAGAUAGUGGAUGCUGUUUUACGUUCAGCUGAAAGAAGAUAGUGGAUGCUGUUUUACGUUCAGCUGAAAGAAGACAGUGGAUGCUGUUUUACGUUCAGCUGAAAGAAGACAGUGGAUGCUGUUUUACGUUCAGCUGAAAGAAGACAGUGGAUGCUGUUUUACGUUCAGCUGAAAGAAGAUAGUGGAUGCUGUUUUACGUUCAGCUGAAAGAAGACAGUGGAUGCUGUUUUACGUUCAGCUGAAAGAAGACAGUGGAUGCUGUUUUACGUUCAGCUGAAAGAAGACAGUGGAUGCUGUUUUACGUUCAGCUGAAAGAAGACAGUGGAUGCUGUUUUACGUUCAGCUGAAAGAAGACAGUGGAUGCUGUUUUACGUUCAGCUGAAAGAAGACAGUGGAUGCUGUUUUACGUUCAGCUGAAAGAAGACAGUGGAUGCUGUUUUACGUUCAGCUGAAAGAAGACAGUGGAUGCUGUAAUAGUGUCAUUCUGAGGAGAAUUCUUUCAUUCUGAAACCAAGGAAUGCUUGUUUUGUUACAUAGCAUCAGCACUCCACAGCACCAGAACUCCACAGUCACCUAAAUACACACACACACACACACACACACACACACACACACACACACACACAGUAACCCUCUAUAAUAUCUGGAAGUGUCGUUUAGCAGCUCCAACCUGACAGCUCGCUCUGUGUGUGAGAGAGCGUGAGUGAGCUCUUCGGCUUGUCUGGCCCAAUGAUGUAUAUAAACUCUGGAUGACUGACAGGGGGCGCUGUAUUGAAGCCAUCUUGGUAUUCCUCCAUUGUAAAAAAAAAAAAAAAAAAAAAGUAAAUUAUAUAUAUUUUUUUCGAUCUUUAAAGUAUAAUUUUUCAGAGUACUAAUGUUACUGUCCUCACUACAACAAAAAAGACUUAAAUACAUGUAAUUUUGUGCUUUGCAUUUAAUUGAAAUACUGUAGAAUUCCACUCAAUCCUAUGGAGGACUGAUCUUACUGGGGAGUGGCAAUAUGGCCGACCACUGGCUUCAAAGCCUCUCAUUGGCCAAUACAUGGCAUCAGCAAUCCAGGGUUUAUAUCCUCGCCUCCUUCUGUUAACUAUUUGUUAUGAAAUGACAGGACGGGCAACAUUUAAGCUACAGGAGUCCACCCACCCGGGAUUCUGUUGUUUUAACGUUUACCGUUGAUGUUUUGUUUAUUGUCAACGUUCCCUCUCUCUGGUAUCUAAUGGUGAUGCCUUGUUUACCUCACUGUGGUGCUUUUUAACAUUUUUGUUUAAUAAACGGUAUCCCCGUUCAUAGAAAUAUCAUUCUAGAUUAUUUUUUCUAUGUCGCCGUUGUUGUGUGUAGAUUGUCAGCCCGAGAGGUGCUGUGCACACCGCUAGCAGGGAACGCAGUGGGGGGGGGGGGUUCUAUUCUGGUCCAAUAAUGUUUCACUAUAAUGCCCUUUUAUAUGUCCAUGCUGUUACACUGUAGUAGAACAUGAAAAUAAAAAACAACUGCCUCAAGACGAGUUCUUGUCUCUCAACAGAGAACUCGGUGUGUCGUCACCAAAGCUGUCGUCUUUCUCGACCCCUCUGGUUUACUGUGUGUGUUGUAGGUUAUUUCUGUGGAUAUCAACCGACCACGUUCCAAUUCUACCAGAUAUAGUACUGAACAGAAAGGGGAAAUAUAUAAGCUAAAAUGUUGUCGACAUGUAAUAGUUAAUAUCUUUACACCUAUUAUAUAUAUCUAACUACAGUCUUAUUGAGCGAAGGCAGGUUUGAAUUCAGUUCUUGUAUAAAGUACAUCCACCCUAUCAGCCUACAUCACCUUGUCUCUCUGAAACGUAAAUACCUUUCAGCUACUUCUGAGUAACUGUGUUUAACUAUCAUGCUACUAAAUAAACUAGGGUAUGUGGUUCACCUGAUUUCCCUAAAGGUGUCAGGAUCAAUGAUAUAUCAUCCAUUAUUUACAUUCGUCAGUUUAACAGAA